ACCGUUUCCUCUUCACUAUGGCAUUGGAAGUGCUUGAAGCGCUGGAUUCAGCGCGCACGCAAUGGUACCACGUGACCGCCAUUGUAAUAGCGGGCAUGGGCUUCUUCACUGACGCCUACGACCUUUUCUGUAUCUCCACGGUUUCGAAACUUUUGGGACGAUUGUACUACUUCGACCCGAGCACCCCGAAUCUCCCCGGGAAGCUCCCGCUGAGCGUCAACAACAUGGUUACCGGCGUCGCGAUUGUCGGAACCCUCACAGGCCAGCUCAUCUUCGGCUGGCUCGGAGACAAGCUUGGCCGGAAAAAAGUGUAUGGUAUCACCCUCAUCCUGAUGGUGAUCUGCGCCAUUUGCUCUGGACUAUCGUUCGGGGCAACGCCGAAGUCCGUCAUGGGGACGCUCUGCUUCUUCCGCUUCUGGCUGGGCUUCGGCAUCGGCGGAGACUACCCGCUCUCCGCCACCAUCAUGUCGGAGUACGCCAACAAGAGGACACGUGGCGCGUUCAUAGCGGCCGUGUUCGCCAUGCAGGGCGUGGGAAUCAUUUUCGCAGGUUUGGUCUCCAUGACCCUCUCAGCAAUCUUCAAGCACUACUACCCUGCUCCAGCGUACAUCAACGACCCUGUCUUGUCCACGCAACCCGAGGGUGACCUUUUGUGGCGGCUGGUUCUGAUGAUCGGCGCUGUGCCAGCGAUGAUGACUUACUACUGGCGAAUGAAGAUGCCGGAGACGGGGCGUUACACUGCCAUCAUCGAAGGGAACGCCAAGCAAGCCGCGGCGGACAUGGCAAAAGUCUUGGACAUAGAGAUCCAGGCGGAGCAGGACAAGUUGGCUGAGUUCAAUGCUAGCAAUAACUACCCACUGUGGUCGAACGAGUUCUUCCAGCGGCACGGGCGCCACUUGAUAGGAACCAUGAGUUCAUGGUUUUUGUUAGAUAUUGCGUUCUACAGCCAGAACCUGACGCAGAAGGAUAUUUUCCCUGCGAUUGGGCUCAUAGACAAAGACUAUCAAAUGGACGCUAUUAAGGAAGUGUUCGAGACAUCACGUGCGAUGUUCGUGAUCGCGUUGCUGGGAACGUUCCCGGGGUACUGGUUCACCGUUUUCUUCAUCGAGAAGAUCGGAAGAUACAAGAUCCAACUCAUCGGGUUCUUCAUGAUGUCGUUCUUCAUGUUUGUCAUUGGGGUGAAGUACGAUUACCUCAAGAACGAGGGCAAAGGCUACUUCGCUCUUUUGUAUGGGUUGACGUUCUUCUUUGCUAACUUUGGCCCCAACAGCACCACGUUUGUGCUGCCCGCCGAGCUUUUCCCGACGCGCGUGAGGAGCACGUGCCACGCACUCAGUGCUGCCGCGGGAAAAGCCGGGGCCCUUGUGGGAGUGUUUGGGAUACAAUGUUUAACUGUGGGCGGCGAAUCGUACAAGAUUAAGAAGGUAAUGAUUAUUCUGGCGGUGACGAACUUGUUAGGGUUCUUCUCUUCGUUCUUGGUUACUGAGACGAAGGGACGGUCGUUGGAAGAGAUUUCUGGGGAGGAUGGGAGAGAGAGUGAACUCACACCGACGCCCAAUAAUAGGGUUCAGGGAUCAAGGACUGAGACGAUGUGAACAAUGACUUGAAUUCAAUUGCGUGCUACUUGCAGUAGCCAGGUUUAUUACAAUACAAUAAUAAAAACAAUGGGAAUAAUAAUUAAUAGUGAGGCCUAAAUUUAUGCUUUUUGGUUGUGGUAUAGGUAUAUGUUAUGUUCUACAAAUAAGAGUGUGUCUCAGUGUUUGUGAGAUGAUCCAUGCGCACAGACGCAUGCAUAGACGAGUAGAUAUAUAUGUAUAAAGUGAAAGUGACUUUUGUGUGUCCCCUUUAAAAAAAAAUCCCCUUUCUUUGUGAUGUAUCUUUUUGCUGGUAAUGAAUUUCUGUAUUUUAUUGAAU